AUGGGAACUUCCGGCUACGACAACAACAAGCCGUAUGGACCGUUGACCUGUCCUGGGGGAUACUACGUUUCGAAGGUGGAAGGGAACUCCUGGGAUGGCAACGUCGGCUACAUAUCUUCCAUCACUUGCACCAACUACCUGGAUCCGACCAAGACGAUAAAGAUUGACGGAGCCAUAGGGUAUCCCAAUCAGGGAGCCAGGAAACCGGCCGGAGUCAACGCUUUCGUGACCGGGCUCAGAGGGCAGAAUUCCAGCAAGUAUGGAGGUCGGAUAACCAGUGCCAACUUCACGUGCAAGGACUUCACGGACAUCGACGCCGUCAAGAAAAGCCCCGACCGCAUGGCAGACGUCUGCAAUCAGGUCGAUCCGCUGACUCCAGAACUAGCAGGUGCGAUCUCGUGCCCUUCCUACAUGAGGAGCUAUUGUUCGGGUCUAAACGCGUGGAGUUCCAAGUGCAGCGACUAUUACGGUAAGAAUCCAGGCUUAACGGUGGAUGUGGACGACAAUAAGUUUGCUUUCUGUACGCAGGGCGACAACUACAAGGAUCCAAAGUGUCUCUCGUUCUGCGAUUGGCAGGGGGCAGGGAGCGGAGAUCCGGAUGCGCGUCCGGCUUACAAGGGUAGAUGCAACGACCAUUAUGCGAGGGUCUGCAAGGGACAGUCCUCGGACCUCUGCUCCUGCUUGAACAGACCGAACCUCGAGGACUGGGCUGGGACGGAAGGUUAUGCAGGCAUCGCUGCGGCGGUGACCUCAUCGAAGGGAGCUUCCACGAAGCCACAGUGCUACUUCAAGGCGUGUCGCGAUAACGGAUACAAGAUCUUUGCCAAUCAGACGCCGAGCGUGAAUUGCCCGACGUGCCUCAACUCCGUGAACGUGUCCGCUCAGUAUCAGGCGGCGGCGUCCGUAGGCGACGUGGUGCAGCAGUGCGGUGCUUCCGGAGGGGGUGGUGGGACCUCGGACGCCAACAAGAGUUCUACCGCCCAGACCACGAGCACCAGCACGAGUAUGAUUCAGGACAUGAGGACGAAGGCCGCUGCUCUGCCUCCGUGGCAGCUGUGGGGUAUCGUCGCUCUGCUGGUGCUGCUCGUCGCAUUCGCUUUUUGGUACUUCACGAGUGGUUCUGCAGAAGAGGAUGGCACGGACUAUGACAGACUUUCGUCUCGACUGCCUUGA